CCUGCUCAGCUGUCCGCGCUGCCGGAAACUGCUGUACAAGCCGGUGACCCUCCCCAACGGGGUGACGGUCUGCAAGCGCUGCGUGGAGCUGGGGUCGCCGCGGCCGCAGAUGCGACGCGUGAACGUGGUGCUGAGCGGCCUGAUUGAGAGGUGCUUCCCGGGCGAUUGCCGGCUGCGCAGGCUGGCGGGCCAAGCGCGGAAUCUGCAGCGCCAGCAGCAGCUGGACGCCGCGCUGCUCAAGUGCGAGCAGGCCUUGGCCCUGGCCCCUGAGGAUGACUCACUGCUGCUGCUUCGAGCAGAGCUGUGCUUAAUCAUGAAGAACUAUGAGCAAGCUCUGCAGGAUGCUGAUGUGGUUUGCCGGAAGGAGCCUCUCCUGACUAAGGGACACCACCUAAAAGCCCAGGCUCUGUCUGGAUUGGGAAGAAGUAAGGAAGUGCUGAAGGAAUUUAUCUAUUGCCUCGCUUUAAAUCCUGAAUGUAACUCAGCGAAGAAAGAAACACAGAAGGUAAUAUGUGAAGUGUUUUUUCCACCUUCAGACAACACAAAUCAAAACUCGACCUCUUGCACCCAUGGCAGAUACAAAGCUCACUGUGAUAGCCAGACAAACACCCAAGUGGAAGAAGACGAUGACCCAGGGAGCCCUGGGAACUCAUCUGAGAGAGUUGAUAUGUUUAGAAAUACAAAUUCUUCGGUUUUAUAUUUUAUACUGGGACUGCACUUUGAAGAGGAUAAAAAAGCAUUAGAAAAUGUCAUCCCAGUAGCACCCAGCACUGGUUUAAAGAGACAGCUUCCCAGUGACAUGGAGGAUGCGCACGGCCUCCCUGGGAAAAUUCCCAAGAAAGAUGCAGAUUGCCCACCUCAGAGGACUGUGAGUUCUAAGAUGGGAGAUGAUCUCGAAGACUUUACUGUUGACAUGACUGACUUUGAGUGUGCCCUUUGCAUGAGGUUGCUCUUUGAGCCUGUCACUACUCCUUGUGGACAUACAUUCUGCCUGAAAUGCCUUGAGCGCUGCCUGGACCAUGCUCCACACUGCCCACUGUGCAAAGACAAGCUUUCUGAGUUGUUGGCAACCAGAAAUUUUAAUAUAACUAUACUGGCCGAAGAAUUGAUAUUUCAGUAUUUGCAAGAAGAGCUGUCUGACAGAAAGAGAAUUUAUGAUGAAGAAAUGUCAGAACUAUCCAAUCUGACCAGAGAUGUGCCCAUCUUUGUGUGUGCCAUGGCCUUCCCCACAGUUCCCUGUCCCCUCCAUGUCUUUGAGCCCCGGUAUCGGCUUAUGAUAAGAAGAUGCAUGGAAACCGGCACCAAACGAUUUGGCAUGUGUUUAUCUGCUGAACAUGCAGGGAUUUCAGAGUUUGGCUGCAUGUUGGAGAUUAAGGAUGUGAGAACUUUCCCAGAUGGGAGCUCUGUUGUGGAUGCCAUUGGAAUUAGCCGGUUCCGAGUUCUGAGCCAUCGUCACAGAGAUGGCUAUAAUACAGCAGACAUUGAGUACCUGGAAGAUGAAAAGGUGGAGGGGCCAGAGUAUGAAGAACUUACCACUCUUCACGAUUCUGUGUAUCAGCAGUCUGUGUCCUGGUUUUCUUCUCUCCAGGAUCACAUGAAAGAACAAAUUUUAAGUCAUUUUGGGGGAAUGCCAGACAGGGAGCCCGAGCCUCAGAGCAAUCCUAGUGGCCCGGCCUGGUCCUGGUGGAUCCUGGCAGUGCUGCCACUGGAGCGCAAGGCUCAGCUGGCCAUCCUUGGCAUGACCUCUCUGAAGGAACGUCUGCUUGCCAUCCGACGCAUACUAGUCAUCAUCACGCGUAAGAUGAAUAAUCGCCAAGAGGUGGCUCCCAACAAGGAGAGAAAUAACUGAUUUUCUUCUUCUGUUAUGGUUUCUGGAAGCCCCUGUACAUUUAUGAGUGCCGGGCAUGGACAAGUACCCAUCAAUUAUUGUGCUCUGUAAAAUGUUCAUUGAUAAGAUUACCAAAUGGGACACUUAACCAAACACUUAAUACCCUCUCACAAUUGCCAAGUUUGUGCCUGGUGGAAUCUGUUGCUGUAAAAGGUUAGCCUGAAGUUCAGAUAGAGCCCAGGGCUGGAAAGCCACCUAAGAAAAUCACUUGGAAGCAGAUGUUUCAGGAGGUCACUGGCGGCAGGGAACAGCACAGAUGGCAUAUAGUGGCUUAGGGUCCACAAGAAAGGAGAAGCUGUUCUAGUCAGUAUCUCACCCUGCUAAAUGGAAAAAUGCAUGGAUCUGUGGCCAGACAAUAAGAGGAAAUCAUGUUUUCAUGUGGAAACAGAUGGGUUAGAACACAGGCUGACCAAAGAUGCACUUAGGCUUCAUGUGUUGCUGUAAAGUUGUCUGUGAACUUAAGGAAUCAAACCCUUGUCCAGUGCAGGAGCUAAAAUGAGUCCUCACCCAAGAAGUAGCAAUUACUGGAUAGAACUGUGUUUACUGUCCUGUUUUAGUCCCAGGUGUUGUAAAUUGCAUGUUGUAUUCAUUAACAGUGUCAAAAAUACAAUACGUUUCAUGGAUAUAGCAAAGUUGGAGAAUAGUAUAGUGAACUUGAGACUAUAUUUACACACUCUGAAUAAACAGUGAGUUAAAACUAUAAAUGCAUUGGGAUGUCAAACGUGUAGCCAGACUAGUACAGAAACCCUUGAAAGUGUAACUGUUCUCAUCAAUUGAUUGCAUACUAAACAUUGAGGCCAGUCCUCUUUUUCUGCCAGGAUUUUCAUGAGAAAUUAGUCUCAUCAGUAAAAUUUAUGCUACUAUCCUUCCACUAAUAUAUGAAGACAUUAAAAAGCUGUCAUAAAUGGUAAAGUCUGUCUAUUCUGAGGAAAUAUACCAGAAUAUGCAAGAAUAGGUGGUUGAUAAAGGGUAAAUAUUUAGGUUUCUCCAAUACCAAACUAAAAUGGUGACUUUUUAAACAAAGUUUUAUGUUUAUUAGACCAUGAAUUAUCAGUUAAAGAACAAUGGGUAUAACUUCCAACCUGUGAUGUAUGCUGGUAGUGCUGGUUGGAAUAACUAUCAAUCUGAGAUGUGCUCACUGUCCUAGCCAGGUGCUGAGAGUUUGCUUCUUAGUUUAUGAGGUGGGCAUCCACUGAAGGAAAGUGUGAACUAAUGGGCACAUGACAAUUGCAAGCUUUGCCCUCUUCAUUCAAGGUAUGUGAUCUUCAAGUUUUAAAAAGUGUAUUUCACAAUAGUAAAUGUCGAUGGGUUAUCAACCCAUUAAGCAUUUUAUUAGAAAGACCUUAUAAUAUUUAUAAUUUGAUGUAUUGUAGGAGUUUUCAGCAGUUAAAACUUAAGUGAGGUCAUGGGAGUUAGAAAAUACAUUAGUGAAACUUAACUAUACAGCAGAACAUUUAGAAGUAUUUGUUGACUCAAUGUUUCAAGUACUUAUGUAGUAUUUUCUUAAGCCAUGUAGCCUAAUUAAUCUGACCACUUAAAAAACAAAACUGCUUUUCAUGUGCAGAAGAUCUUUACUAGAAGCUAUUCCUAGACAGUAAUAGAUAUUAGCCACUCUUCUCUAGAAUUUAUUUUAUAUUUUAAUAACAUAUAUGAAGAAUUGUAGCUAGACACCAGCGGCUCAUGCCUGUAAUCCUAGAGCUACUUAAGAGACUGAGAAAGAAGAUUGCUCUUCAAGGCCAGCCUGGGGGAAAAAUUCCACAAGGGCAGGAGUACUGCCCUUGUUGCUUCCUGAUAGAGGAGCUGGAUCCAGGAGGUAUUUGGGCAUGGAGGCUCUGGGUUGGUUAAUUUGCUUAAGGAAUGUGUGCUUUCAAGCAUCCUCUGCUAUGUAAGAAUUGACAAGCAGAUGGGAGAAUAUGAUGAAAGGGAUGACGUUGAUCAAGAUGCAGUGUACUCAUAACCUGACUAAUGGAAUUGUAACCUCUUUGUACAACUA